AAAUAAUCUGUUUUAUAUAUCUCUCUAUCUUGGUGUUCUUUUUCCUCUCUCUGAAAUUUUAGUUCAUGGUUUAAUUUUCAUCAUUAUUAUAAUAACUUUAAAGAAAUGAGAGUUUUGUAUUCUUAUGGAGGUGUGAAUUCUCAAGCGAACCAAAGUCUUCUCUUUCACACCUUCCUAUCUGUUAACCAUGGGACUGGAAGAAUCUAGGGUUUGAUACCACCAAGUCCAACAAAGGUCUGUGUUUUUUUGGUCAUAUUUUCUUAGAUUUUCUUUCUGUGUUGGAUUCCUUAUCUGGGUCUCUGUUUUUCGUUUUAUUUUUUAUUUUUUUGGUAAACCCACUUGAAUCUAAUCUUCUGGGUUUGUUUUGUUUGCAAAUUUAAGCGUUUGAGGAGUUCAAUUUCUUAAAUUUUCUGUUUUCAAAACCUUGUUGGGUGUCUUUGGUUUAUCUACAAAUGGCUAAUUGACUUUAUGGACUCUUCAUUUUUGAGCUAAGGAUCUGUUUUUGUAGUAAAAGUUGAGACCUUUAGCCUUUUUAUGCGGUGUUUUGGUUUGGGUUUGGGUAAUUAGGGUAUAUUUUUUCUUUUUUGGAGGGGAUAGAAAUUAAAAUGGAGGAGGUUGAAGAAGCUAACAAGGUAGCUGUUGAGAGCUGCCACAGAGUUUUAAGUUUACUGUCUCAGCCCCAAGAUCAGCUUAAGUGUAGGAAUUUAAUGGUAGAAACUGGAGAAGCUGUUUUUAGGUUUAAAAGAGUUGUUUCACUACUCAAUACUGGUUUGGGUCAUGCUAGAGUAAGAAAGCUCAAGAAAUUGCCAACCCCACUUAACCAAUCGAUCCUUUUAGAUAAUCCUCUCAAUAGAACAACAGAUAAUCCACCUAAGAAUAUAAAGUUUCUCCAGUCUAGUUUCCAUGAAAACCAAGUUCAAGAAAUGGGGGCGCUUGCUAAAAGUUCUUUAACUCUGGGGAAUCCAUCUCUAGAACUGAUGUCAAAUGGGAAAAACCCUCUCCAACUUGCACAACAAACACCUUCAUCACACUACCAUUUCAUUCAGCAACAACAACAACAACAACAACAACUGCAACAAAGGUUACAUCUUCAGCAGCAGCAGUUGAAACUUCAAGCUGAAAUGAUGUUUAGAAAGAGUAACAGUGGAGUGAACCUGAAUUUUGAUAGCUCUAGCUGCACACCGACUAUGUCAUCCACUAGGUCUUUUAUUUCUUCCUUGAGUAUGGAAGGAAGUGUGGCUAAUUUGGACGGCAGUCCCUUCCAUUUAAUUGGUGCACCUCGUUCUUCAGAUCAGAGUUCACAACAACACAAGAGGAAGUGUUCUGGAAGGGGGGAAGAUGGGAGUGUGAAAUGUGGGAGCAGUGGCAGGUGCCACUGCUCAAAGAAGAGGAAACAUCGAGUGAAGAGGUCCAUCAAGGUGCCUGCUAUCAGCAACAAGCUUGCUGAUAUCCCUCCCGAUGAUUAUUCUUGGAGGAAGUAUGGACAGAAGCCAAUUAAGGGCUCUCCUCACCCUAGGGGAUACUAUAAAUGUAGCAGCAUGAGAGGCUGUCCUGCAAGGAAGCAUGUGGAGAGGUGCUUGGAAGAUCCAUCCAUGCUUAUUGUUACCUAUGAAGGCGAACAUAACCACCCGAGGAUACCGUCGCAAUCGACAAACACAUAAACCUCCGGGAAAGCUACAUCGGAUCACUUCAAGUCAUUGGUGUUGAAUUUAUCGGAACCUUAUUUGUGUUUGGCUUGAAUUGCUCCUGUACAUAUUUUUGCAAUGGUUCAACUUCAAGCAUGGGACAUAUUUGGAGCAAUUUUUUCUUGGCUUGGAGAGCUGGCUAUUCAAGACUCUUUUUUUUUCGCAA